AUGUCCAAACGGUGCAGAGACCACUGCGACUCCGAUCUACCGCAAAAGCGGACCCGCACUCGGGACGAUAUUGGGCCUGUUGAUCGUUUGUCUGGUCUGAGCAAUGAGUUGUUGCUCCAUAUCCUUUCCUUUUUACCAGUAUCGUCCCUUAACGUCUGUCAAAGGUUAUCACAUCGCUUCCAUGCUCUUGGUGGGGACUCCGAGAUAUGGAAAAGGCAAUACUACUCGCAAUGGGUACGACCACGUGCCCGCCGCCUUGCAAGUUCUAGACGCACAACACUCCCGGCCAAGGCAGAUUAUUCGCCCAAGGUCGCAACGUGGUUCGACCAUGGGCACUUGGCACAGGAGGGCAAUUGGAAACAGCAGUAUCGGCUCCGGCAUAAUUGGUCCAAAGGGCUAUGCCGGGUUACUGAGGUAGAGUUUCCUCAGCCACCAUGCCCUCCUACGCUGAUCAGGUUUUGUGCUGGGGUUGUCUUGACGGCAGACUCAGCGCACGGGCUCCAGGCUUGGACCACAAGGGAUCCGGCAUGUUGUCUCGCAAAAAUUCCUUUGUCAGCUCCAUUAGAACCAUCGCCUACGAUCCCAACCGCCUUGGCAGUAAGCCAGAUUCAAGAUAAGAUCGAGAUCUCAGUCGGGCUGGAAAAUGGUCACUUCAGCCUCUUCGUCUUGAAUCUUCAAAAUUCUCGGCUAGACUUUCAGUCCUCUCAUGUCGGCUGCAGUGAUGCUUCUAUAACCGCAAUGGCCCUCUCCUCGCCGUAUCUAAUGGUAGUAUCCCAGCACAAAGAUUUGACCCUAUACAAUUUGCGACCUGGCAGCCAUCGAGCAGACGAAACCGAAGCCUCGGAGCCCUACCAGGUUGCCUCCCUCAAGGCAGAUAACAUUGUUGCACCCAUGACACUCUCUCUCAGAGUCUCGUCCUUUGAGAUUGUCGCCACUAUUGUGUAUAGCUUCUUCCACAUUGGCUGUGGGUGGUCUCUGGGGAUUCAAGAAUUGCGUCUAGGCAAAGAUGGGCAACAACUCGAUUCCCGACUGGCUACUACGGUGGAUUCCCAAUAUGGAUUGAGGCCACUUCAAUCCAGGAAAAGGCGACACUCUGCAGUCGAAUGCAAUCAACCUUCCAUCGACCCUGGGGCACCGUCUAUCAUACAUCAACAGCCGCCAACCUCGAUGUCCUAUUCCCAUCCGUAUUUGCUGACCUCUCAUGCCGACAACACUUUGACUAUGUACCUUGUGGUAUCUACAUCGGAGAGGUUGUUUGUCCAGGGCGGCCGGCGACUUUGGGGCCAUACCUCUUCUGUAUCUGCUGUUCAGGUGACCAAUCGUGGGAAAGCUGUCUCUGUAAGUUCUCGAGGGGAUGAGAUCCGAAUAUGGGAAUUAGAGAUGGCGAUAUCAUCCCUGAGCAGCCGUAAGUUCUUGGAGAAUGGAGUUCAGCUCAAUGCUGGAAACCAGGAUGGGGAGCCAGAGCUAGAGCCAGAGCCAGGACUAGGAACGAUUUACCAGCAUUUGGGCAGUGUAAAAGUUGAACCCCAAGAAUCCACCCCUAUCGGAUUUGACGAAGAACGGGUACUUCUUCUUCGAGAAAAGACGGGGACACAGUUACUUGAGUGUUACGACUUCACCUAA